AUGAGGAACUUCACCUUGAUGACAGUUUUACUUCUCUGCUGCCUCAGCUGGAUCUCUGUCUCAGUUUCUGAGUCUCAGACUGUGGAGGUUCAGCCUGGGGAAGACGUCACUCUGCUGUGCUCCAACUUUUCCAGUACUCCCUCUCAGAUAUAUUGGUUCAGAGCGGUCAAGAGAUCCCAGCCCCGCUGUGUCUCCUUCAUGUUCGAGGCUCCUGAGCCUGCUAGACUCUGUGAUGGAUUUCAAAAUGGAAAAUUUGAAAUGAGAUCCAACAUGUCUACUGUUUUUCUCAAAAUCAAACAAGUGAAUUCAUCCGACUCUGGGCUGUAUUUCUGUGGAUAUAUCAUAACAAAAAACCUGGUUUUAGUUGAUGCAACAUAUUUAGAGGUUCAAGAUGUGUUUGAUGGAAUAACAAAGCUGAUGAGUGGGAACCUGGGCGCUCUGACUGCUUUCCUCGCUAUGAUCAUCAUUUGUCAGGCUGUUAAAAUCAAAAAGCUUCAGAAAGCUCACAUUGAGGAACGGAAUCUACAACAGACAGAGAGUCUGGGCUCAGAUGAUCUGAACUAUGCAGCAGUGACCUUUUGCCCAAAAACAGAAAUAAACCACCGGCUGGCGCCAGAGACAGAAGUGGCGCCAACUGUUAUUUAUUCAGCCACCAGAUAG